AUGUCCCCAUAUGAGGCGUUUCGUCACCGUCACCAGUCUGUUGAGCCUGAGUUUCCCAACCCAUCGACAGACUAUCCCACAUUGCUUGAUAUUGACGGAUCAAGUCUUUACGAACAGCAGUUUUACCGUCUUCGCACAGCAAUUAUCGAGCGCAAUGAUACAAUGACACUAGAGAAAUACCUACAAUCAGCACCUUGGGCAGUCAAGAAAGGUCAUGCUCUUGGAAUGUAUUAUGAUCCAUUCAUUGUGGUAGCUAGGCAUGGAAGCCUCGAUGCGCUCAAAAUGCCCUUGGAUCACUAUUCUGCAUUUAUAAAGCCUGUCGGAAGAACUGACCUUGAUGGUCGUUGCUGUCGAGUGUUGAACACAGCAGCUCAUUCCGGCCACCUUGAAAUUGUCAAGCUUCUCCUCGAUCACCCACUCCUUCAGGCUGAUAUCCACCAUAACUACAAUGGAUUCACUCCGAUUAUGGUGGCUGCCGAUGCUUGUUAUUGUAAAGACAAUCUUGACAAAAAAGAGGCCGUCAUCAAUUUCUUGCUUGAUCGAGGUGCCCGCGCCUCCGACGCAGAAUACAGGUGGCGCUACUAUCUUGACCCCGUAACUGGAGAGGGUGCCCAGAAGCAGAUGCCGAUCAUGACGGCGUUGAACUUUGCUGCAGAGUGGGCGGGCGCCGACUUGAUCUGGCGGCUGAUUAAGAGUGGCGCUGAUCCCCAUGUCAAGCUGAUGGAGGAUAAAGAAUUCACAGUUCGCACUGAUGUAACGAUCAUCUCCACCGCAAGUCGAUGUGCGAACGUUGAAACUCUCAAAGUCUUGCUUGACCGCGCAAGGGAAGUUGCUGAUGUGGCAGAUGCAGUAUCUUAUCGCGAUAGCUGGGGAAGCAUGCCACUUCAUUGGGCUUGUCAAGUCUCGAUGGAUGAAGAUCCUCGUGAAGUGAUUGCAGAAGUCAUGGAGAAGAGGGUGCAACGAAUUAUCACAGUGCUUGGCCUGCUGCUCAGCUGCAACCCAGACACGAUCAAUACACAAGACAUGUACGGGAACACUCCCCUACACUAUGCAGACAAGACUUACAGCAACUGCGGAAGAAAGUACACAGUGAUAUUACAGUUCCUUUGUGAUAGGGGCGCUGAUGCGAGUAUUCUCAAUAACAAGAGUGAAACAGCGCUACAUUGCUUAUGUCACGACAACGGGGGAUGGCCAAUCGACACAUCAGCUAUAGAAAUUCUACUCGAGCAUGAAGCAAAAGUUACUGAUACAGAUGAUAACGGUAAUACGCCACUUCACUUGACAGUCAAGAACCUAGAGAAUCUCGAUGCCAUCGUGUUUCUUCUUGAUCAUGGUGCAGAUAUAUCUGUCAAGAACGUUGACGGAAACACGCCACUACAUGAAGCCGCGGACGGAAUGUUCUGGCCUGGAGUAGUCGAAGAAAAGCACAAACCCAUGGGAGAAAUACUUCGAAGGCUUCAAGGCGACGAAGGAAGACUGAUGGAUGAGGUGAAUGCAGAGGGAAGGUCUCCUCGGCAGAUCCAGAAUGAAAGAAGGAAGAACUUCAUGGAGCAAAUAGUGGAUAUUGAGAACCAAUGGAAGUGGUGGGGACUUUGA